AUGUCUUCCACCGAAAUGCAGCACCAAACGUACUGGUGCCACGAAUGCGACAUGAGCAUCCACCUCCUCUCCACCACCGCUGAUCCCCUUCUUUGCCCUCACUGCCUCCGUGACCGUCUUGAACUCAUGGAUGACCCCACCCCCACUACUCCUAUCGCAACCACCGACACCAGCUCGUUCUUCCUCGAUAGCCCCUCCUUCCGCCGCUUCUUUCUCCCGCUUUUCAGCGACAUCAACCCUUCAGACGAUGAUACGAAUGCCACUCCAUCCCCCUCCAUCGACUCCAUCCUUCCCACUAUAAAAAUCACAUCUUGCCAUCUGAAGGGAAUGGACGACGACGACCCAGUACUCUGCGCGGUAUGCAAGGACCAGUUUGUUAUCGACAUCGAUGCAAAGCUCCUUCCUUGCAAUCACUUGUUCCAUCCUGACUGCAUUCUUCCCUGGCUUCAUUCCAAUCACAACUCAUGUCCUCUCUGUCGCUUCCAGCUUCCUACACCAUCAAAGAACGAUAGAGCUGUGAUUCCUACGAGUGGGUCUUCUUCUCAUUUGUCAUCUCCGUCGCACGUGCCGGAAGUGCGAGAGCCUGAACGGAAUGUGGACUGCACUGGAGGCUUUAAUAAUGUGGGGAUGGAAAUGGGAUUCCCUAAUCAGGAUAGUGCUGAUUGUGCUUUCCCUGAUGUUGGGACUUUAUCUAGCUAUCUUCCUUCACACUUUUAGGCAGGUGAUUUAACUAUUUGAGGUUUUUGAUGGUUUUCUCAUCUUAAAACGGUAUAAUGAAGUGUAAAUCAGCAGUGAGUGAUCAUGGUACUACAAAUAAUGUUUGAUGGUUUGAAGAAGUUGCUGGGUUUUUGCGAUCAUCCAUCAGUUUAAUGAAGUGUAAAUCAGCAGCAGACAAACAUAAAACUACAGAUAAUAUUUUAUGGGUUGUGCAUUCUCCCUCCCUCUCUCCCUGCUUCUCCCUCCUAAGAAUAUCGUGUAAGCUAAUAAUAUCUGCUUUUUGGCUUGGAUUUUGACCAAUAAAUAGAAAAGUAAGUUGCAAUUUUGCAAUUCCUA